UUCCGGAAGGCUUCAUAAGCGCGGCGAGCAGCCGUCGAUGGAUUCAGUUGCCAUUUGCCAGUUUACCUUAGUGGAGUGCGCGGAAGAUAUUUUCUUGUCGUUUCGGUUGUCGUUUCGGAUCAUAAACUCUUCAACUAUCUUUUGGAUGAAACAAUGAAAACAUAGACAAAGUGUUCAAUGUAAAAAAACCAAACUAUUUAUGUGAAGUGCAAUUAGAAAUCACAAAUUGGAACUUAUUAAAAGAAAAAACACCGACUAGUAUUCAUCAAUGACUAUUUAAAUACUCAUCUCAAAAUGAGAGUCUCUAUGGAGGAAUUGGAACACACUUAUUUGCUGCGGAAUCCACGUAGAUGCUGGACUCUGCUACACUGUAAAAGGAUAUUUGCCAUAUCGGUAUUAUUAUUUAUAAUCCUUUUGUUCUCCUUGAUAUAUCAUGGCAUUGUAAUCGAGCGAAUGGAGCAAGACCGGGAAAUUCAGAGCCUGAAUAGAAAGCAUGAGGAACUUAAACAACCCAUCGACGAGGAUGUGGAUCUAGAUGGUAAUUUAAUAGUCAGUCCCCAGACAAUUCACUUCAAGAUACACAAGGAUGAUAAAGCGGACGUAGAUAAAAGGCUAAAGCAUUUGCGCUUUAAGUUUCGUUUGGAUAAAAAACAUCGAACACGCCGCGAGUCCGAUCUCCAUCCGAUCAGCUCAAUUGAUCCAAUUCAGGUGGAGGAGAGCAUGCAGCAGUUGUAUGCCAGGAUAAGAAGCAAGCGGGCCAGGGAGGCUCUGAGCCAGCUGGAAAGUGAAUACACGAAAUGCAAGAAACGGACACCCGACAAAUGCAUGUCUGCCUUCAUCAAGAUGUACAACAUGGCUAAGGAAAUGACGGAGAAAAUAGAGAAAAUGAAGGCCAUUAUGAGGGAGCAUCAGCCGCAUUUAGAAUCCCUUAGUCAGGAAGUCGAGUCCCAGGAGACGGUUACCCAGCAGACGAUAGUAAUAACGCCCAUCCCAAACACACCAUCACCAUCUCCAGCAGCGCCUAAGAAAACCAGCAAAGAGGAUAAGGAAGCCCAAGCCGUCAGCACACAGAAACCAAUUCGCACCAAAAUCAAGCCAGAGAGAAUCAGUUGGAUUAUUGACGGUCAUGGGGAUGAUGACGAACAAGCACACUAUAUGGAGAAUACACAAAAAAGUGUAACUAUCCCGACCAGCACCUUGGGCAGCACUAGCACUAGUACAUCUACCUCUACCUCCACCACCUCCACCAGCUCCACAUCCACCACCACCAAGCAUUUACCAGAGAACACAACAUCCACUUCUGAAAGCUUGGAACCUGAAUCUUCUACAGACUCAAUUACUUGGAUCUUGGAUCGCUUUGAAAAGCCCCAGCAGAUAUUUAAGACUUCUACAGAAGAACCCAACAAAAGAACUACAAGGGAGUUGGCGUCUAGCUCCAUACUAAAUCAAGAGCAGACCGCCACAUCGACACACCCAGACCCAAACCCAAAUCCAAAUCCAAGCAAUCGCAAGCUGCAGUUUGACUGGAUCGUAGAUGGCGAUGACGUUGCGGAGCCGCUGUCCACUAGUUCAACCCUUUCACAGCCAACGCUGCCAACUACGGUGAGCUCCACAACAGAGACCAUCAAUCAUACGGCCUAUCCCACCAAACCAAAGUUGAUGAAGAUCAGUUGGAUCAUUGAUAGCGAUGCCAGCAGCAGUGAAGUUGCCAGCAUUACCACCAUCAAACCCCAUCCCUUGGAUAAUCCCAGCAGCAUGGAGAACAUGCUGGAGAGUUUCGAGCGUAAUGAGCAGGAGAAACCUAUCAUUAAGAUCGUCGACGGAAAUAAAACUGAUGGAAGAGAAGACGACUCGGACUUAAAGCAUUGGUUGCACCAGUUUGAAGAGCAGGCCAGGCCGCCUCCACAAGAUGAGUUGAUGGACACAUUUGGCUCUGAAAUGCCCAAUGCAACGUCUUUGGGCCCUAAACUAAAUCCAGCCAGUGGGAAUCUAUUAAAUGCUGCGGAUGCACAGCUUCUCUAUCUUUGUGAGCGCAUGUCCCAGAAGAGAAGAAAUAAAUUGCCCAACGUGUUGGAACAGGAUCAGUUGGAUCAAGCUGGCGGUGAGACUAUUACAGCAUCGCCCAGUCUCCAAUUUACCAGUCGUGGUCCAGGCGGCGGUGGAUUUCCCGUCUCCGGCGAGACCAUGAAAGCCUCUGCCCAGUUCAUGUUUAAUCCAAACUUCGGUAUGCCGAGCCCCUUUAUACCAGUCUGCUUCUACAUGACUCCGGCCAAUUUCCGCAUGUCCAUGUGGCCCACGUAUGCCAUGGGUGGUAUGCAAACAGCUGGUAACUUCGGUGGCUCCUCCAAUGCGGGCGGCAUAUUCUUUGUGCCACAACAGCAGCAGCAAUUCGCCCCAUCGGCGGGUUUCUUCGGUGGGGUCAGUGGAGGGGGCGUCGGAUCCGGAGCAGGAGGCCAAGGGGGUGCAAAUAUAUUCUCAAAGAACGCUUCUCCGCAGCAGAAGCAGCAGCCGGUCUACUGCGCCUACAUGCAAAAUCAGUCGGGCCAGCAGUCCAAUCAGAAUAUCCAUCAACGUCCCGCUCAAAGUGCUUUCUCCAAUGCCAACUUUAAGAUGCGACAUUCCAAUCAGACGUCGGGAUCAGGUCAGCAUGGCCUGGGUCAGGUGGUCUAUGCCAGCUAUGCAGGCGGAGUACCUCAAUUGGAGGCUCAGCUGGAGCAUGCCAAGUGCCGGGAUCCUGGCCAAGUGGCCUGCUUUGCAAGCCAGCAAAACAAGGACCAGGAGGAGUGUAUAGACUCUUCACGUUGGUGCGACAAUGUUGUCGACUGCUCCGAUGGCAGCGACGAGUCUUCUUGCACCUGUGCCAACCGCUUAGACGAAGAGCGUCUGUGUGAUGGCUAUGCCGAUUGUCCCAUGGGCGAGGAUGAACUAGGCUGCUUUGGCUGUGAGCCUUUGGCCUACUCCUGUUACGAAAACGCCGCCGAGUUCGAGCGACACAAUCGGUCCAGUCUGUCCAUGUGCUACAGUCGCCUGGAGAGAUGCGAUGGAUUCCUCAAUUGUUUCAAUAAACGUGACGAGAUGCAGUGCAGCAUGUUGGUUACCAACGUCGAUCAUCAUAUGUCACAUGCCGUUUCCGCUUCGGAGGGCUUUCUAUAUCACAAUCAUCGUGGCGAUUGGUAUCCAGUGUGCAACAAUGGUGACAAAUGGGCGGCGGCAGCGUGCGAAUCGGAGUUCCACCUGGGGGAGUUAAUGGCACCCAAUGUGACCUUCAAGCCGCAGACCUUGCCUGGGCCCUUCAUCGAACCAUCUCUGCAGGCUGGCAUACACUUUGCCCAGGCUUGCCACGGUCGGAACAGCGAAGAAUCUCUUGUCGAUCAAGUGGCAUAUGUCAGGUGCUCACCCAUGAAAUGCGGUCUAGCUCAGAUUUCCAAGCCUACGAAGAAGUCUAAGCGUCUGGUGGCAACGGAUGAUGGACGCAUUGUGGGCGGAAGUUAUGCCGAACCGCUUCAAUGGCCUUUCGUGGUGGCCAUUUAUAGAGAUGGAAAGUUCCAUUGUGGCGGAACCAUCUUCUCAGAACGCUGGAUAAUCAGUGCCGCCCACUGCGUCAUCAAUUAUCAGAAAUAUUUCUACGAGGUGAGGGCUGGCCUAUUGCGGCGCUCGAGCUAUGCCCCGUCUACCCAGAUCCAGCAAGUCUCCCAUGUGAUUGUCCAUCAGGAGUACGAGAGGAGAAGCAUGCGCAACGAUCUCAGCCUGCUACGGUUGGCUGGAGCUUUGCAAUAUAACCGUUGGGUCAAACCGAUUUGUCUGCCCGACAAGGGCAGGACCACAUCUGGGGAUGAUUGGAUUUGGGGACCCGAGGAGCAAGUCCUUUGCACUGUUGUGGGCUGGGGGGCCAUUCGCGAAAAGGGUCCGAGCAGCGAUCCACUGCGUCAGGUGAUUGUGCCCAUUCGAAAACGUUGCACAGAGCCCGAAGAUCAAGCCUCCGAGGAUAUUUGUGCCGGCGAUCCCAGUGGCGGGCGGGACGCCUGCCAGGGAGAUUCGGGUGGGCCGCUCUUUUGUCGCAGCGUCAGUGAUCCAGAAGAGUUCUAUCUCGCUGGUGUGGUCAGCCAUGGCAAUGGUUGUGCCCGUCCCAAAGAAUUCGGGGUGUACACCCGAGUUGCCCUCUACCUGGACUGGCUGGACUUAGCCACUAGUCACCCGCGUCUGCUGCCAGCAAGGCAGCCUCUUCAAUCGUGCCCGGGAUUCAUGUGCGUUUGGGGUGGUGAGAGAUGCAUAGCCAAGAGGCAACGCUGUGACAGACAAGCGGAUUGUCUUGGCGGUGAAGACGAGGUGGGAUGUACUUAUAAUUUUAUACCCGAUAUGGUGGGCUGCAGCAAAAUGAAUGCAUCUUGCCAGAUCGUCAGCGAUUAUCAUCCAUUGGAAGAGCAGCAGCCAUUUGUAAAGAAACAACGGCAAGAAACUUCACUAGAGGAACCCUUGAAAGCCGAAUUCAGCGAGGAGAAUGAUGAUGGAGAAAAGCCGACUACCACUUUCCCUUCUAUCGAUGAGAAAACCACAGACGCCUUUACCCAAAAUGACUUGAGCACACCUAUUAUCUUAGCAACAUUUUCACCAUCUUCAAAUUCCGCGUUUCCCACAUCGACAGAAGAUUUCAGGAAACUUACAGAUUUGGUCUCGCAACUAAUGGAGGAGAGCUCGACGAUUCAUCAAUUGAUGGAUUCAAAGGAUGUAGAUACAACUGCUUGGCCAAUUACCACUGAUGGUCCUACUAUUACAGUGACAACUACUUUACUGACAACUGAAGCUGGAGCAACUAUUCAACCAACAACCAAUCAAGCAUCAACCAUUCAACCAACAACCAUUCAAUCAACAUCCAUUCAACCAACAACUAUUCAAGCAUCAACCAUUCAACCAACAACCAUUCAAUCAACAACCAUUCAACCAACAACUAUUCAAGCAUCAACCAUUCGACCAACAACCAUUCAAGCAUCAACCAUUCAAUCCUCUACCAUUCAGCCAACAACCAUUCAAUCAACAACUAUUCAAUCCUCUACCAUUCAACCAACAACCAUUCAAUCAACAACUGUGAUAACAACGGAUAGUCCUUCACAUAAAACAAAAACUACUACAAAUAGCAAUAGAGUUACAACCGUUUCUCCCAAAUCAUCUGACCCAACUGGAACCUCAACACAAGAAUGGUCAACAACGACUGCCUCUGCAGCAACAUCAACAACAACAGAAAGAGCAACAUCUGCACCUACCACCAAGACUGAGACCAGCCCCAGCACCAGCACAAGCACCACCACCCCCAAGCCAACGACUGCACCUACACAAACUCAUCGGGUCACAUUCAAGUCUGAAAUUCCCAAUAAAUUUGUGUGCAAAAAGAUGGCACAAAUCGUUGAGCUAAAGCAUCGCUGCGACCGCAAAGUGGACUGUGAAGAUGGCACCGAUGAGCUAGAUUGUACAUGCAGCGAUUAUUUGAAGGGUAAGAUGAGUAUGCUUCUCUGUGAUGGGAAAGCGGAUUGUGAGGAUCUAACCGAUGAACAAGAUUGUGGCUGCCAGGAAAAUGAAUUUCGUUGUCCCUUGUCCAAGAUCUGCCUGCCAAUGGCCAAGCGUUGUGAUGGCAAUAUCGAUUGCACUUUCAAGGAGGAUGAAAGCGACUGCUUUGCUCUGACCAAUGGCCAUGAUGUUCACUAUAAUGCACACCAGCAGCCCAAAUUCAGCAAUGUAGGAAUCUUCUCGAAAAAUGCCCAUGGGGUGUGGCGUGUGGUCUGUGUUCACGAGACGGGCUUCCAUGAGCACCAGGCGAACACGGCGGACGCUGUGUGCGCCCUGCUGGGAUUCAAAGGUGCCCACUUCUACAAUAGCACAGAGUUUGUGAGCCAACAAGAGAUGCAUGCCAUCACUCCGGAGCUGGACAAGAAGUCGCGUUUGAACAGCCACUUGGGUGGGAUAAGGGAUAAUGUUCAGUUCACCAGAAAUGAAAUGGUCCUGCCGGAACAUGGCUAUCCCACGCUGGCAAGGAAAGAGAAGGAUCGCUUACUGCCAAACAAAUGUCUUGGAAUUUAUGUGGAGUGCAAUCCGCUUUCGAAUAGGACGGAGCCCAUUAAAACAUUCUCGGCUGGACAGCCGGUGGUCAAGCAGACGACCCUGCAGGAUGAGGUGCAGCCAUUGCUUGUGCCUGUUAUUGAGACGCACAAUAAGCCGAAUGUUCAUUUGAAACCCAAUGUUGUGCCAGCCCAGGUGGUCAAUAAGAAGGAUGAGAUAUACGAUCGUUUGGACAAGUUAAUUAAGAAUAAAAAGAACAAGACUUUACUGGUACAGGAGGAACUGCAUGAAGCCAUCGAAGAGCUCCAUUGGCCCUGGCUGGCGGAUGUCUAUGCCAAUGGAGAACUUUGGUGUUUGGGCGUGCUCCUCGACCGACACUGGCUAGUGGUUCAUGAAAGUUGCCUUUCAGGCAUAAGUUUCGAAACGCACUACAUCAGCGUUUUAUUGGGCGGAGGCAAAACUAAACGUUCCCUUCAUCGGAGCAACCACGAACAAAUUGGUAGGAUCGAUUGCUUUGAGAAUGUGCCCCAUUCAGAUGUCUUGCUCUUCCAUUUAGAGCAUCCUGCCCGAUUCACCCACCAUGUUCUGCCCACUUUCCUGCCAGAUGGUUCGAAUGAAAAAAAUAAUGAAGCUGCCAGAGAUUGCAUUAGUGUGCUUCACGAUGACUUUAGUGGACGAAUCAAGACAGUGGGCAUUGCCCAAAUAACGAACGAUUCCAGUUGCCAAGCCUCCUGCUAUCAGCUGCAGGAGAAGCAGCCACCGUUUCAUCUGAUGAGAAUGCUUAAUGUGAGUUCCGAGGAUAUGGCAUCAAUAUCGGAGGAAGUGGAACUAAUAAAUGGCGUGGAACCUCCUACGCAGCCGGUCCUGACCAAGUUCACGAGUUGCCAACAGUUUGGUCUAAAGAAUAUAAGCAUGGCCGAUCAUAGUCCCGUCGAUCAAGGAGUGUUGGUCUGUAGAGAUACGGACUCGGGCUGGUUUCCCACAGCCCUCUUCAGCUACAAUAAUACGAAUUGUCAGAGCUUCAAGGCACCGUUUGAAAUAAGGACUCUGGAAAACGCGUAUAAAUCAUUGCAAGACGCUAUAGACAAACCCACCUGUGCCAAUUUUAAGGCGGCUCCAGUAUGCUCCACUCAUCGCUGUCCUUUGGGUCUGUGCCUGCCGGAAUCGGCCAUUUGCAAUGAUCGUAGUGAUUGCCAUGAUGGCAGCGACGAGGAGCACACCAAAUGUCGACGGGCCAAUCAGCGUUGCGGCCCUGGCGAGAUGAAAUGUCGUUCGACCUACAAAUGUGUCGACAAGAACAAGUUCUGCGAUCAUGUACCCGACUGCGAGGAUAUGACAGAUGAGCCCACCAUUUGCAGUUGCUUUACCUACCUACAGGCCACAGAUCCCUCGAAAAUAUGCGAUGGCAAGCGGAAUUGUUGGGACAAAAGCGACGAGAGUUCGGUCCUCUGUAAUUGUACCUCGGAGCACUUUAGAUGCAGCUCUUCCCCUGACGACUGCAUACCACGGGACUUCGUAUGCGACAAGGAACCGGAUUGUCCCAAUGGGGAAGAUGAACGCUAUUGCUUUGGUAUAGAGCAUCCCAUGCAUCAGCAAAAGAUGGAUUUCUGGACUGAUGGCCUGCAGCAGCACCAAUACCAGCAGGAAACGACUCCUAAAUACGGACAGGUAAUUGAACAGACCUAUGGCAUUUGGCAUACCAAAUGCUUUCCAAAGAGCUCACCACCCAAAAGCGAAGAAGUUCGUGAGAUUUGCAAGAAGCUUGGCUACAAUCCAUAUCGCCAGCCCAGCUAUCGCCUGAUCGAUGACAGCACCAACGAGGCCGUCUAUACCUACGAGAUGGCCCCCGACCAGCGAGGCCGAAGCUUCAGCAACGAGACCCUAGUGGGCAAAUAUCGCCAGUCCACCAAGGCUGUGAUCAUGAGCAAAUUUUCACCAUUACAAUUGAAUGAGCGUCUCACGCUCUUCCUAAAGCCCAGCAGACCCAUAGCUGAGUUGGUCAAAUGGAAUGCCACCGAUUCAACAAGCUGCUUUAGAUUGGAAAUAAGAUGUGCUUGAGGCAUUCCCCAUCGUCAAAAUAUUUCUCGCUAUUGUCUUUUGUACGUUUUAGUAGCAAAUAAAUGCGAGAUACGCUUUUAACUGAA